GAUCANAAUGGAUCCUUAUUACAUCGGUGCCAUCAUCCCACUCGUGCUGACUCUUCUCAUUCGCACCACGAAAAAAUCGAAAAAACGAGGCUUGCCGGUAGAUGUCGGUGGCGAGCCCGGAUUUGCAUUACGAAACGCUCGAUUCGAAUCGCCUGUUGAGUCAGCUUGGGAAGGUAUCACGACCCUUGCCCAGCUUUUCGAGCAGUCGUGCAAGAAACACUCGAACCUGAGGUUGCUCGGGACUCGAAAACUCAUUGCUCGGGAAAUAGUGACAACCGAUGGGAGGUCUUUUGAGAAGCUCCAUUUAGGAGAUUACGAAUGGUUGAGUUACGGGCAAGUUUUUGAGUCUGUUUGCAAUUUCGCGUCUGGUUUGGUAAAGCUGGGGCAUCAGAAAGGGGAGCGUGUGGCUAUAUUUGCCGAUACACGUGAAGAAUGGUUCAUAGCUUUACAGGGUUGUUUCAGGCUCAAUGUUACUGUUGUGACAAUUUAUGCAUCUCUUGGUGAAGAAGCUCUGUGUCACUCGUUCAAUGAGACAGAGGUCACGACUGUGAUUUGCGGAUACAAGGAGCUGAAGAAAAUAGCCAACAUAAGUGGACAGCUGGACACCGUGAAGCGAAUAAUAUGCAUGGAUGAUGAAUUUCAGUUAGAUGGUUCAUUAACUUCUGGAAGUAGCAAUUGGACUGUCACGUCCUUUUUGGAUUUGGACAAGUUGGGCCGUGAAAAUCCAGUCGAACCAAACAUGCCCCUUUCGGCCGAUGUUGCUGUGAUAAUGUACACUAGCGGCAGUACGGGAAUGCCUAAGGGUGUGAUGAUGACACAUGGUAACAUUUUAGCCACAGCUUCUGCAGUGAUGAAUAUGGUGCCUGGACUAGGAAGCAAGGAAGUUUAUUUAGCUUAUCUGCCACUUGCUCAUGUUCUUGAAUUAGCAGCUGAGAAUAUCGUGGCUGGCAUUGGGAGCUGUAUAGGAUAUGGGACUCCUUUAACUCUUACAGAUACUUCGAAUAAGAUAAAGAAAGGAACAAAAGGUGAUGCUACAGUAUUAAGGCCGACAAUUAUGGCAGCUGUGCCAGCUAUUCUUGAUCGCGUUCGAGAUGGUGUCCGCAAAAAGGUAGAUUCUACAGGCGGGCUCUCGAAGAAACUAUUCGAUUUGGGGUAUGCUCGACGGUUUUCUGCAAUAAACGGAAGUUGGUUUGGGGCAUGGGGAUUAGAGAGGUUUCUAUGGGACCUUUUAGUGUUUCGAAAAGUUCGGGCGAUUUUGGGAGGUCGCAUCCGUUUCAUAUUGUCUGGAGGGGCUCCUCUUUCUAGCGACACUCAAAGAUUCAUCAAUAUAUGUCUUGGUGCUCCAAUUGGUCAAGGGUAUGGCCUUACUGAGACCUGUGCCGGUGGGACGUUUAGUGAGUAUGAUGAUACAUCUGUUGGUCGUGUUGGUCCUCCAUUACCUUGCUCAAUCAUUAAGCUGGUCGAUUGGCCUGAAGGCGGAUAUUUAAUAACCGAUUCCCCAAAGCCACGUGGAGAAAUAGUUAUUGGCGGACCAAAUGUGACUGUUGGUUACUUCAAAAAUGAGGAGAAAACAAAUGAAGUGUACAAGGUGGACGAGAGAGGAAUGAGGUGGUUCUAUUCUGGUGACAUCGGGCAAUUCCAUUCUGACGGUUGUUUAGAGAUAAUCGAUCGUAAAAAGGACAUUGUUAAGCUUCAGCAUGGGGAAUAUGUUUCCCUAGGAAAGGUUGAGUCUGCUCUUAUUGUAAGCCCGUAUGUCGACAACAUAAUGUUACACGCAGAUUCUUUCCACAGUUACUGUGUGGCCUUGUUGGUGGCCUCACAGCCCUCUUUGGAAGCCUGGGCCACACAGCAGGGGAUUACGUACUCCGAUUUUUCAGAACUGUGCCAAAAGGAAGAGGCCAUCAAAGAAGUCUCCAAUUCAUUAGUCAAGGCGGCGAAGGCUGCAAAACUGGAGAAAUUCGAGAUUCCUGUGAAGAUCAAGUUGCUGUCUGAACCUUGGACUCCAGAAUCUGGGCUUGUAACUGCUGCUCUCAAGCUCAAGAGAGAGGUCAUUAGAAAGACAUUCUCAGAUGAUCUUGCCAAGCUAUAUGAAUCAUGAUUGCUGAAAAAAAAAAAAUACUUUUUUUGCUGUAUUUUUUCCUCACAGAAUGCAUAAAUCUUGACAGCACCUUUUUUUUUCGGUCCUCCUUUCAUGCUUUUAUUUUGCCUUUUACUUGGAACGACCUAAAAAUUUCUCAUGCUCGAGUAAUUUCAAGUGUGUUUGGUAAGCGCCAUAAGCUACCUAUAUAUUUUGUUAGUAUAUGAGCUUUCUAUAUUCAAAUAAGGUUG